UUUUGGAACUAAUUACAACACAGACCACAAUGUUUAAGCUGGUGGUGUUGUCUGUUGCGCUCGCUGUAGCAUCCGCUAGCCCCAGUGGUAUUUGGGGAGGUCUGGCUACGCCAUGGAACGCCAUCGCUGCACCCCUCGCGGCGCCUAUCCUCGCCGCAGCUCCCCUUGCGGCUGUUGGCCCCAUCGGAGCGUACAACUACAGGGGCCCGCUGUCUCUGGCUCCCGGUCAACCUGCUAAUAUCUUAGCUGCAGAUGGCAGGCCUCUGGAUACCCUUAGCGUGAACCUAGACCGUGCGGCUCACAUCACCGCGAAGGCUAUCGAUGGCAGCGGACACUGGCUGAAGAAGAGGUCCAUUGUUGGCGCUCCCUUGGUGGCUGCCACUUGGGCCGCCCCUGCCGUUGCCUUGUCGCACUCUUCCCGCAUUGACAUUCCUGCAACUCGUGUGCUCGCUCCGGUCGCCAUCGGCGCUGUUGCACCCAUUGCACCAUUGGGAUUAGGACACGGUGCUCGUUUGGCUCACCUUUGGUGAAAAGUGCAAAAAUAUAACUAGGAUUUUCAAAUUUUAUGAUAAUAAUACUAAGAUAAUAUUUUAAAACACAUAA